AUGGCUGGAAGAAGGAGAACCAGUUUCUCCGGGGUGUUCAUCACCGCUGUGCUGGCUGUGAUGCUGCUGCCUGCUUUCCUCUCUGCUGGACCAAUCGGGCAAAAGGCCAAAGGAGAUGCCGGAGAGAGCGUCCAGGAGAGGGCGGCGGCCGCGGCGUCACACAGGAGGCUGAUCCGCAACCGCAGGAACAUCAGCUGGUACAAGCAACACUCUGACUUCUGGAACUGGUACAAGUUCUUCACUGACAACGGCAACCAGGAAGCAGUUCAGGAGAUGGAUCGCAUCUACCUGGCCUACCUCCAGAACAAGAACCGUGCUGAGGGACGUCGCUCCUACAAGGCCUACCUGCGCCACCUGGGGGAGAUCUACAAGUCCUGCGCCGACUCCGACGACCCCAACUGUGUGGCUUCCUACACCAGCAGGCCCAAGCCCAAACCCGAACCCCCCAAGCCUGCACCGGUCAAAACCUGUGACCCCACCAAGGACCCUUACUGCCUGUAUGCUGCUUUGGUCCAGGGGAAGAGCCCCUACCUGCCCCUGGUGCUGCCAGCUGCCACCCCUGCCCCAGCUCCAGUGAAGGCCCCGGCCCCUCUGUACGUCCGCUCUGCUGCCCCAGCAAAGGACCCACAGUCUGGGUAUUACUACUACUCUCCAUCUUCAACGCCUUUCCUCUCCAAGGAGCAGAAGGCCGAGCUGCUGCGUAUCUGCUCCUCUGAAGACGUCGAGUGUCUUCAGUACCACCUGAGAGCCGCCUAUGGGCACCUGCCCUCCGCCGGGUCUCUGCCCUCCUACGCCCACCUCGGCUGUGAUCCCAAGAAAGACCCCUCCUGCAAACCCAAACUGGUGCAGAAAGCCGCCUCUGGUCUCUACCUGCAGUACCCCAACUGUGAUCCGCUCAGGGAUCCCCUCUGCGCCUACACUGCCUCCCUUUCAGCCCCCCGUGCCCCUAACCCCCCUGCCGCUGCUGGCCCGGGAUCCUGCAACCCUCUUUAUGAAGACGGCUGCAACCCUCUCACCGCCACCAAAUUUGCCAACCCCCCAGAGGCGUACAAAGGCGAGGAGACGGACGAGGCUGCGGCGAUUCGCGCCGCCCCACCUGCUGCUGAGCACAACAACGAUCCCUAUGCCAUGUUUAGGGAUGCUUAUGCUAGCGCUCAUGCUAACAGACUGCAGCAGUUCCCUUUUUCCAACCCCAAUUAUGAGCAGCCAGCCCAGGAGGAGCGCCACCCUCUGGGCCCCCCAGGUAAAACCAAGGAGGGCUAUGACUGCUUCAUCGGCUACGACCGUGAAUGCUUCCCCGUGAAGCCCAACGAGCCUCGCUCCGGAGUUCACCGCCGCAUCCCCUACCCCGCCGAGGCCUACGAGCCCCACCUGAACGCUGACGGCACACGAAACGGAGUCCUGGAGCCCACCAACCCUCACUGCGACCCCGAGUACGACCGAGACUGCCGCCUGCGUCGCUUCGAGCCCGAGCAGGCCCGCGUCGAGGCCCAGCCCGAGCAUCACGCCGAGGAGGACCACAACCAGGGGGCGGCAGACAGCGAGCGGCAGGAGCAGGAGCAGUACGAGACGGAGCCCUACCAGAGUGGCCAGGAGGAGCCUCACAUGUCCUACCAGCCGCUCUCAAUGGGAAUGCCCAGCCUGCAGGACAUACUGAGGCGCUACGGAGACCAGUUCCCUGAGCAGGAGGAACACAGAGCUUACGCAGACGACUACCGCAAGAAAUAA